GUACAAUCCUCCUUGACGACCUUCUCAAGGAGUAUCACAUACUGUAUAUCUUCUAUGACAGUCAUGAUAGAUGAUCCAAUGUUAUGACCACCUCCGCUGCACACGCCACCACAGCGCGGCCGUCCUAUUCAGCGCGUCGUCUCUCCAGGCGCCGAUCCACGGCUUCGAGCCUCGAACAUGGAGUGCCUAUUCCCCAGAUCACGCCCGCGGACCAGGCUAUCACGGAAGAGAUCGCAGAGAUUAAAAGAUAUGAAGACUUCACUACGAUAGAUUGGGUUCAAGAUGCGGCCCAAGAACAACUGCGGAGAAGGGCCAGACGGAAAGAAUCCAAGUUCUUCGAAAGAGACGGAGUAUUGGGCUGGCGUCGAAGAGUAUGGGAUUCGUACGAUGCGGCGCAAUCAUGGAUUGUCAUAACACUCGUUGGCAUCAUUAUCGGCUUCAAUGCUGCCGCUCUGAGCAUUGUGACGGAGUGGCUCUCGGACAUCAAGAUGGGUUACUGUACAACUGCCUGGUACCUCAAUGAAGGCUUCUGUUGUUUUGGCUCUGAAGAAGGCUGCGAUGAGUGGAAGCGAUGGAGCUCAUUCGGUAUCGCCAACUACUUUAUAUACGCCAUCUUCGCCGUUCUACUCUGCUUUGUGUCGGCCUAUCUGGUCAAGAACUAUGCCCCAUAUGCAGCCGGCUCGGGAAUUUCAGAAAUCAAAUGCAUUAUCGCUGGAUUCAUCAUGAAGGGAUUUUUGGGUUUCUGGACGUUUUUAAUCAAGUCGAUAUGCUUACCACUUGCCAUCGCAUCUGGUUUAUCAGUCGGCAAAGAAGGGCCAAGUGUUCACUACGCUGUUUGCGUUGGCAAUGUGAUAUCAAGAUUCUUCGACAAAUACAGACGAAGCGCAUCCAAGACCAGAGAAAUUCUUACCGCAACAGCGGGAGCGGGAGUGGCGGUCGCCUUUGGAAGUCCCAUUGGAGGAGUCCUGUUCUCUUUAGAGGAAAUGGCAUCACAUUUUCCGCUCAAGACACUCUGGAGGAGUUACUUCUGUGCACUUGUUGCAACGGCGGUGUUGAGCGCCAUGAACCCCUUCAGAACUGGCCAGCUUGUCAUGUUUUCAGUCAAAUACGAUAGAGAUUGGCAUUUUUUCGAAAUCAUUUUUUAUAUCAUUCUCGGAAUAUUUGGCGGACUAUACGGUGCUUUUGCGAUCAAAUUCAACCUCAAAGUUCAGGCAUUCCGAAAGAAAUACCUAGUGAAACACGGUAUCCCUGAAGCCGUCAUACUUGCUGGAGCGACUGCUCUCCUCUGCUACCCGAACAUGUUUCUACGGAUUGAAAUGACGGAAAUGAUGGAGAUGUUGUUCCGAGAAUGCGAAGGAGACUAUGACUAUCAUGGCCUUUGCGAAAAGAAAAACAGAUGGUCGCUUGUCGCGUCACUGGCAGUCGCAACGAUUAUGAGAACCCUUCUGUUCGUCAUCUCAUAUGGCUGCAAAGUUCCCGCGGGCGCAUUCGUACCGUCGAUGGCAAUUGGAGCUUCUUUUGGGAGAAUGCUAGGAAUCAUCGUCCAGUGGCUGUACGAGUCCUUCCCAGAUUCGCAAUUUUUCUCUGCGUGUCAGCCAGAUGUACCGUGCAUCACGCCUGGUACAUAUGCUUUCCUGGGCGCCGGAGCGGCUCUCAGUGGUAUUAUGCACCUGACAAUCUCAGUCACCGUCAUCAUGUUUGAGCUCACUGGUGCAUUGACCUACAUUCUUCCCACGAUGAUUGUGGUGGGAGUCACCAAAGCCGUCGGGGAUCGCUUCAGCAAGGCCGGUAUAGCUGAUCAGAUGAUCUGGUUCAACGGUUUUCCCUUCCUCGACAACAAAGAAGAACAUACCUUUGGCGUGCCUGUAUCACAGGUCAUGACCGGAACCAUGAGCGUGCUGUACACCACAGGCAUGGAAGUGAAAGCCGUGCAGAAACUACUGAAUGACACGACAUACUCUGGGUUUCCGAUCGUGGAGGACGAGGAUGCGAGGAUCCUGAUCGGCUACAUCGGCAGGACUGAACUUCAAUUCGCCAUUGACCGGGCCAGAAAACAAGGCAUGCUCGCGCCAGACGCCAAGUGUACAUUCGCCGUGGACCGAGAAGAUACUGCGGAAACUCCAGCACCUCUCAGUCCAUCCAUCACCUUCGAUUCCAUGUCACUACACACCGCCGACUUUAGCGCGUUCGUCGACCACACGCCCAUCACGGUCCAUCCCCGCCUUCCCCUCGAGACGGUCAUGGAGCUGUUCAAGAAGAUGGGACCGCGUGUCAUUCUCGUCGAUCACCACGGCCGGCUCGAAGGCCUUGUCACAAUUAAAGACUGCUUGAAGUACCAGUUCAAGGUCGAAGCGCAGGAACACGCAUCUGCCAUGAGAGACGACCAGCAACAAAACGGACACAAUGAACGUUUCGCCGAUGUACUGGCGACGGUUCGUGACUACGUGGCUGACACGAUCAAUAACCUGUCCCGGGGCAAGUUGAGACUGGGUCCUCGGACCGCAACUGGGUGGACCAGAGUCUCCGGACGCGAUGACGACAGGCGGCAUGACUUUGUGAAUGACUAUCGUAAUGAACAGGCCAUUUUGGAUGGGACAGAAGAUAACGAUUUAGAUAUUGUCGAUCACGACAGGGAUGGUGUUGAGAUGUAUUCUAGAUGAGGCCAAGUAUUGACUUUGUCAUAUGUAUAAUCAUGGAUUUUUGAUGCUG